AGGAUACGGUCACGAUAUUUCACCAAUGCAUUUUACAGCAUAUUUACCAAGAAUUGAAAAUGAAGUGACAGUAAUAACAUCACAUUCAGCUGCAGUUGCUGCAGCUGCAGCAGCAGCAGCAUCAGCUGCUUCUUCAUCAUCAAAUAAUGGAACAAAUAUAAUAAAUAAUGGUUCAUCAAAUAAUAGUCCAUAUUCAUACCAGUCAAUUGUAGCAGGAACAGCAGCAUCAACACCAAAUACUAUGAAAUCAAAUUUAUCUUCAGCAUCUUCACGUACACCAUCUCCUAGGUGUACACCAUCAAUAAGUGGAUCACCAACAUCUGUCUUAAGUGUUAAUAUUAGUAAUGGUGGUAAUAGUGUCUGUAGUAAUAGCAAUAGUAAUAAUAGUGAUCUAAGAAAUACAAGUAAUGGUUGUAAUUCAUCAAUAAAUUCUGAUGAUCGAUUUAGUCCACCAAUUGUACAUAUAAAAACUGAAAUGAUUGAUCAUCAUAAUAAUCAUUUGCAUCAACAACAGCAACAGCAACACCAUCAAAAUCAACAACAACAACAUCAUACGAGUGAAAAUGAAAUGUCACCAGUAAGAAGUUCAUCUUCAUCUUCAACGAAUAGUAAUAACAGUAAUAGUAGUAAUAGCUUAAAUAAUGGUAUCAAUAAUAAUUCUAAUUCUAAUACAACAAAUGGAAAUAGAAAAUCUUUAGCAAUGUGUUUUACAAGUACUGGUGCUGCACUAUCAUUACCGCCAAAGAAAAAAGAUAUUUAUAGACCGUAUUCAUUAGAUGAUAGACCAACAAUACAGCGUACCUAUGAUAUGAGAAUACCAGCUGAAGAAGAUUUACAUGCAGCACAUGCGAUACUAGAUUUAAGUGCAUCAACAGCAUUUUUACCACCACCCCAACCACAUCAAAUAGCACAACACCAAGCAGCACAACAACAACAUGCACAACAGCAGCAACCGCAACAACAACAACAGCCACAACAUCAGCAUAUUCAUCAUACGGCUAAUUUACAACAUCCCCAUAUACAUCAGCAUCAAACAAUAUUAGCGCAACCACACACUCAACAUCAAUCACAACAACAAACAGAAUUAAGUUCAAUAUCGCAACAUCAUUCAGUUAGAAUUAAUUCUCCUUUAAGCAAUCAUCAACAACAUAAUGAAACAAAACAUUCAAUUACUACAAUUAUAGUACCUGACGAUGAGGAUAAAAAAAUGCAUUUGCAACAAAUUCAACAGCAUCAUCAACAUCAUAAUUCAAUUGUAAUACAACCACAAUUGUCACCAAUUAGUAACUCAUCGGAUCACCAUAGUUCUGUACAAAAUGAAAAUAGUAAUACAACAAAUACAAUAUGUAACACAAAUAAUAGUAAUCAAGAAUCACAUUUAUCAACAAAAUUGCCAACAACAAAAACAGUUGCAUAUACAUAUGAAGCGUUUUUUGUUAGCGAUGGUAGAUCAAAACGUAAAACUGUUACUGAUCCAGUACAAGCAGCAGUAAUUGAACAAAAUAAAGCAAAAUAUACGUGUACAGAAUGUGGUAAACAAUAUGCAACAUCAAGUAAUUUAUCUCGACAUAAACAAACCCAUAGAAGUUUAGAUUCACAAUCAGCAAAAAAAUGUCAUACAUGCGGUAAAGCAUAUGUAUCAAUGCCAGCAUUAGCAAUGCAUGUAUUAACACAUAAAUUAUCGCAUAGCUGUGGUGUUUGUGGUAAAUUAUUUUCACGUCCAUGGUUAUUACAAGGUCAUUUACGUUCACAUACCGGUGAAAAACCAUAUGGUUGUGCACAUUGUGGUAAAGCAUUCGCUGAUCGUUCUAAUUUACGUGCUCAUAUGCAAACACAUUCAGCUGAUAAAAAUUUUGAAUGUAAACGUUGUCAUAAAACAUUUGCAUUAAAAAGUUAUUUAAAUAAACAUUUAGAAUCAGCAUGUUUUAAAGAAGAAACAUCAAUAUCACCAACAACAAUACAACAAAAUUCAACAUUUAAUCAACAUUUAUUAGAUGAUCGUUCAAUGACAACACCAUCACCAAAUAUAUGUUUUAUUAAUAGUCCCGGUAGUAAUAAUAGUAAUAGUGGUAAUAGUGUUAAUAAUAAUAACAAUAAUAAUAAUAAUAGUAUAAUGAUUACUAAUAAUAAUAAUAGUGACAUUAAACCAAUUUCAAUAAUAACAACAACAACAGCAGCACAACAACAACAUCAACAACAACAACAACCUUUAACACCAACACCAAGUGGUCUUUUAAUAACAAAUGUUACUAGCGGUAAAAUAUUAACAGCAGCUAGUGCCUUACAAGGUGUUGCAAUACCACGUAAUACAAUACAAAUAUCAGCAUCAUUUUGCGGGUAACAAAGAUUGUUAAUAACAUAAAAUGAUGGAUUGUUGCUACUAUUAUAAAAUACACAAUGAAAAGAACAAAAAAAAAAACAAAAAAAAAUUUAUUCAAAAAAUAUAAAAUGGUAAAUAUUUUUUAUUAAAUUAUUUAUAUUUAUAUUUAU